UCCACUGCAGUUCCUCCGCGGCGCACACGGACCUCACCGACCUGCCCCCGGCUCCGUCGACAAGGACGGGGGGACAUGAGCUCGUCCUCCGGCGUCCACAUCGCACGAACGUGAGCGUGUCACGCCUUUUUUAUUUUAUUCAACGGACACACGCACCGCGCGCGUGCACCGGUCUGCCGUUUACAGACACCCCACACACCCCACCCCACCAGCUCGGUGUCGGACGGUCCCAGCCGCAGCCCCCCGCGCCAUGGCGGAGAGAAGCGGCCGGUUGAGCUUCCCCGGGAGCGGAGCGCUCAACAGACCGGUGCCCAUGAAUCUGUUCGCCACAUGGGAGAUAGACGGAUCCUCCCCGAACUGCAUCCCGAGAUUGUGCAGUCUGACUCUGAAGAAGCUGGUUGUUAUGAGGGAACUUGAUAAAGAGCUGAUCUCUGUGGUCAUAGCAGUUAAAAUCCAGGGCUCCAAACGGAUCUUGAGGUCCCAUGAGAUCGUGCUGCCCCCCAGUGGGUCUGUGGAGACCGAUCUGGCUCUCACCUUUUCGCUGCAGUAUCCUCACUUCCUAAAACGAGAAGGAAACAAGCUGCAGAUCAUGCUGCAAAGGCGGAAGAGAUACAAAAACCGGACUAUCUUGGGCUACAAGACUCUGGCAGUGGGAACCAUCGAUAUGGCCGAGGUGAUGCAACACCCGACGGACGGCGGCCAGGUUCUGCCUCUCUGCAGCAACCAGAAAGAGCUGCUGGGCAAAGUGGCCGAGAUCUGGAUCUUUUCUCUGUCCAGCCAGCCGAUCGACCACGAGGACGCCGCCCUGCAGGGAGGACAGAAGAUCAAAUGCUCCGAUAACUACUCGGAGGAGGAGUAUGAGAGCUUCUCCUCGGAGCAGGAGGCCAGCGACGACGCCGUGCAGGUUCAGGAUCUGGAGGAUGACGAGUACGAUGUGAGAAAGCUAAAGAAGCAGAGGAGGUCCAUUGUGAGGACCGCCUCCAUCACCCGACAGCAGAACUUCAAGCAGCGCGUGGUGGCUCUUCUCAAGCGCUUCAGGGUUUCAGAUGAGGUGCUGGACUCGGAGCAGGACCCUGCAGAGCCGACCCCUGAGGUGGAGGAGGAGGACCUGGACCUGGACAGCGUGGAGUUCGAGAACCCGAGCGACAGCGGCCCGGAGCUGGACGACGACGACAGCGUCCUCAGCACGCCGAAACCCAAACUCAAGCCAUAUUUCGAGGGUCUCUCCAUCUCCAGCUCUCAAACGGAGAUCGGCAGCAUCCACAGCAGCCGGAGCCACCGGGAGCCUCCGAGCCCGAUCGACCUGGAGAAAACCAAGUGUGUCGGGGCCAAGUUUCCAGAUGACGGUGUGUGUGAUAACGUCUCCUUUGAGCAGCCCGAGGCGGUGACUCCCACCACCGAGCUGGAGAUGGACAACAUGGACACAUUUCUAGAGCGACUGCCACCGAUUGGCAAAAUGACCAAGACAGAGUCCCUCAUCAUUUCAUCCAACCGGCAGGAACCGAAGUUGGCAGGAAGACGAGGCCGGAGCACAUCUCUGAAGGAGCGGCAGCCCAGCAGGCCGCAGAACGAGAGGGCCAACAGCCUGGACAACGAGAGGUCCCUGGACACGCGCUGCCACCUACAGAUUCCGAGAAAGACGGUGUAUGACCAACUCAACCACAUCCUGGUGUCUGAUAACCACCUCCCCGACAGCAUCAUCCUCAUCAACACGUCAGACUGGCAGGGCCAGUAUCUCUCAGACAUGCUGCAAAACCACCACCUCCCAGUGGUCUGCACCUGCACCACAGCCGACAUACAAGCUGCGUUCAACACUAUCGUCUCCCGCAUACAGAGAUUUUGCAACUGUAACUCCCAGACGCCCAUUCCCAUAAAGAUCGCAGUGGCUGGAGCGCAGCACUACCUCAGUGUUGUUCUGAGGCUGUUUGUGGAACACCUUUCCCAUAAGACCCCUGACUGGCUCGGCUACAUCAGGUUCCUCAUCAUCCCUCUAGGUGCACAUCCAGUCUCCAAAUAUCUCGGCACUAUUGACUAUCGAUACAACAGUUUGUUCCAAGAUGCUGCUUGGAGGGAGCUGUUUCACAAGCCGGAGGCUCCGGUUAUUGCCCAGCAGAACCCAGACGUGGUGUCGAGGGUCACUCAGUACAUGGUGGGAGCCAACGGCGCUCACCAGCUCCCCAUCGCAGAGGCCAUGCUCACUUACAAACAGAAGAGGAAAAAGAGCUUUCAUUUUGAUUUUGCAGUAAGCCCGGAUGAGGACUCGUGUCAGAAAUUCAUCCCCUUCAUCGGGAUGGUGAAAGUUGGCCUCGUGGAGCAAACAUCCGCAACGUCAGGAGACUCUGACGACGCAUCACCUCUGCUCUCCUCGCUGCUCUCCUCCACCCCUCCACAAGUAUCACCGGCUCUCAAAGAGGCGUCGCCCACCCCGCCCUCCUCUCCAUCCGUCACCACCAGCUUCUGUGCUUACAGUUCUGUAGGUCAGGUGGAGCUGAUGGGGCUUCAGGUGGACUACUGGGUGGCUCCCACAGAGAGAAAGAAAGACAUGGAGAAGCGGGACACCUCCUCCAAAAACACUCUGAAGUGCAAUUUCCGCUCGCUGCAGGUCAGCCGGCUGCCACUGGGGGGCGCAGAGCCGAGCACCCAGCCCAUCAUGUCCAUGACUGUGGUGACCAAGGAGAAGAAUAAGAAGGUCAUGUUCCUGCCAAAAAAGAGCAAAGACAAGGAGGUGGAGUCGAAGAGUCAAGUGAUCGAGGGCAUCAGCCGGCUCAUCUGCACUGCCAAGCACCAGCAGACCAUGCUGAGAGUACUGAUUGACGGCGUCGAAUGGAACGACGUCAAGUUUUUCCAGCUGGCGGCUCAGUGGUCAUCACACGUGAAACAUUUCCCCAUCGGAAUCUUUGGGCACACCAAAGGCCCGUACUAGCAGCACUUAAGAGACUGAAACACUGAGGACAACCCCCCCCCCCUCCCCGAUCUCCCCUUUCCCCUGUGCCAACAGCUUUUAACCUCUCCCUAUUACUUCCCCUCCGCACACUUCUUCUAUUCUGCUGUUUUUGAUUUAAGCUCCUUCUUUCAACCUGUUGCAUUUGUCCGAUUAUUUAAUCAUUUGCGUGUUCUUUUUUAAAAUGUUCUAUUUAUGGUAAAAAUGUCUUGAGGCGAAGCUGCCACGGGAAUAUUUCUUUACUCUGCUUUUUAAAAGGAAAAAAAAAAGAUCCUGCUGAUGUUUUUAUAGACGUUUGAGGGGGGAAAUCAAAUUAUAUAAUAAUUUAUACAUUACUUUUAAUCUUUAACAUACUUGUAUUAGUGCCCAUGUUUUCGCCCUCUACCAUCAUUUCUUCUUUUCAUUUGGUGAGACUGGUUUUAAUCACUUGGCUGGGACAUUUAAUCAACAAUAUAUAUCUAUAUAGAUAGAUAUCUUUCUAUAGAUAUGUAGAUAUUAUAGUAAUGAAGUUGAAGAUGAUUAAGAAAUUGGGAGACUGUUGUUUUAAUCCGGAAGAAGUUAAAAGUAAACGACUCCCGAGCUUUGGCUCUCUGCACUCAACUAUGAGUCUUAUGUGCAAUAGACUGAAAACCGUGUGAAUGUGAGUCUUCAUAAUUACCUGGCACUGAUGGAGGAUUACACACUGCACAUAGUCGUGAUGUUCAACUCCCCUUUCUUCUCUAUUUUCUGCAGCUGGUUUGAGGUUUGAACAGUUUCGCUCAAAAGUGACAUAAAAAGGAAAUUAUAAACAGCACAAAAUUAACUACUUUUUAGAUGGUAGUCCGGACUGAAAGGAAUACGUUGACAUUUCGGGAAUUUUGCUUUCUUUCUUGAGAGUUAGAUGAGAAGAUUGUUACCACCCUAAUGUUUUUGCAGUAAAUAUCUGAGCAGAAGUCGCUUAGUUUAGCUUAGCAUAAAUGCUGAAAAGUGGGGGACAGCUGGCCUGGCUCUGUCCAAAGGUAAUAUAAAUCGGCCUACCAGCACCUCUUUAAUCUCAUUUCAGUAAACAUGAAUGGCCUUGUUUGAGUGUAUAAAGACAAGUUGUUAAUUUAUGUUGGGAUUUAAAGGAAAAUACACAAAACCCCUCCCAAAAACACAACAUGUCGCCUUAUACACUUAUAUCCAGAAAAGAGACAAAACACACAAACCAAGUUAAAGAUGAAUUGUAUUGAUAGUUUUACUAGAUUUUUACAUUUUCUGUAAUUGUUGCAAUAAUAUCGUGAUCGUGGAUUAUUUUGGCCUUGAGAAUCAUGUAGUGAACACCGGACGGCCCAAACUGUGGACCUUCCCUCGUUUCCAGUCUGCAUGCUAAGCUAAGCUAACUGGCUGCUGACAAACAGCUAGCCUAGCUAUGUUCGAAAAAAAUCCACCACCAGCAUCUGUAAAGCUCACCAAUUAACACUUUAUAUCACCUUUUGUUAAAAUUACAUGUGGUUUUACACUGAGCCAGGCUAGCUGUUUCCCCCCCGUUUCCAGUCUUUGUGCUAAACUAAGCUAAGCUAAGCUAAUCGGCUGGUAGCUGUAGCUACGAGAGAUCCUCCCAUCGAACUCUUGUUUAGAAAGCAAAUAUAUUGUUUCACCCAAAAUGUCUCACUGUUCCUUGAAGCUUGUUUUAUAAGAUGAUACACAUUUUACAGAGUGGUUUCUCCUACAAUGUUUAUUUUAGAAAGAACCUUUCUUCCCACACUCCUUUGACACACUCCAUAUCUUUUGCUAAAAUGCAAAUGUUACUUUUGCCAAAGGAAUACUCAUCAACUGCAGCCCACUCAUUACCUGUGCGGUAUUAUAGAAGACUUCAUAAUGUAGAGGUGAAUGUAUUGAAGGUACCUUAAUGUAAAGCACUUUUAAAUGUUUGUCCAUGAUAGACUAGUGUGUUAAAUCUACCUGGGAACCUGCAGGUACGUCUGACUGGUUCACAGACACACAUAGACGGACACUGUGUCUGCCAUUAUAUCUGAGCUAAACAACAGCACAAACAGCGGUGACAUGGCAUAGUUUAUAUGCAAAGCAAAACAAGCGUCUGUAUCCUCUGUGCUGUGUGAUAUCACUUUAUGCUCAGUGUGAGGCCUCCUUGAUUUUAGAUUUUCGUUUGAUAUUCUGUAAAGUUAUGUGUUUGUAAAAAAAAAUUCUGCCUGUAGAUUUUUGCUCAAUCGUUUUACUUUUAAGCAUAAAACUAAAGUAUUUUGCUUGUAAAAUUC